AUGGAGACCUCCGAACGCGACAUCUGGUCGUCGCCUGACCUUGAGUCGGACUCACCAGCUCUGCCGGAGUCGAAGCGACCCACAUCACAGGGCUUCUUUGCUGAUGACCUCGGAGAGGACAUUGGCUGGGGACUGCCGACCCCCUCGCCUUCCUCAAAUGCCCUCGAGGAGACCACAAAAGGAGAAGCAGUCGCUACCACAGCAGCGAAGCUUGAGGGAAUAGACAUCGCAGCGUUAGGAGAAGACGAGUCAGAGCCAUCAGCCGCAUCGCAAGCUGAGCCAGCUCCCCCUCUCACUGCGUUGGCAACCGCCUCUGCUCACGAUGCAGUCCAUGAAGAUCACGACGACGAUGACGGGGAGGGCGAAGACGACUUCGCGGACUUUGACGACUCACCUGGCGGUCAUAGUACUGGCAUGGCGUUGCCUGCCGGCCAGGACGAUGAUGACUUCGGCGACUUUGGCGACUUUCCAGAGGACGGCCAGCCGAGUGGUACCAACCUUGCAUUCGACGACGAGGAGGACGGCUUUGGGGACAGUCGGGCUGCUGAAGCUCCCGUCUCACCACUACCUUCAGCUGGUACUUCAGACUGGCCACGCUUCACUCCCGCUGGCGCAAGCUCACAAUCCAUAGCUACUCAAAUAAAUUCGAUUCUCUCGCCGCCGCUGUUUCCUAGCGGGCCUGAAGAGCCAUUCGGUGCAGGACAAGUCCCAGAGCUGAGCCAAGAGAGGAUACGGCAGGCCGAAGGACCAGCGCAGAUUCUCGUCGGAGAGAGUAGCCGCCAGAUCUACGCUGAUCUCGUCAAUCCUCCCCCGCUGAAACCAGUGGACUGGCUACGCUCCCGGACAAGACGAGAUCUUCACAUAUCGUUGGGCGUGCCCAUCAACCUUGACGAGAUCAUGUACCUCGACUCCUCUACUUCCUCUUCGUCCCCGGGAGGUAGCAGUCGUCGACUUCCACCCCUCGCUAUCAAUCUCAACAAUGGCUCUGAUCGGGCGCCAAGAGGCGGACCAGAUAGCGCAGCGCUCAAAGCUCCUAUCAGGCAAGACUCUACAUCAUCGUCAUCUUCUGCCGGGGUUGGUGCUACAAAUGGAGCCGGGCAGACACAAGCAAGCGGACCAAGGAGCCAAAGCAGAGACCAAGGAAGGAAAGAGAGGAUAGCCGAGAAGAGGCGGGAAGACUUGGGUCUAGGUCCACUGCCCGAAGUCGAUAUGCAAAGAGUGGAGCAAGUCUCGAAUCUCAGUGAAGACCAACUCUCCCUCCUCACCCUUCCCUCGCUACGGUCCCUCUCACAAGAGCUUUCGCACCUCAUCACCUCGACUUCCCUCCUCCUCACACAUCAUCUGACGCUGCGCGAGUCUCUCCAAGCCGACUCAGAGAUGUACAAUGGGCUCAUCAAGGACCUCGUCACCGGUGCCGCUAGUCGGAUAGGAGACUCGAAGGGUGGAGGAGCCAAGGUCGUUUCGAGGCAGAGCAGUGGCAGGAGAUUCGGACCCGCUGGUGCGGCCGUUGGUGGUGCAGGGAGUGGGAGGAACAGUCCUCGGCCGGCGAGCCCCUUCAGCCUAGGUGCGAAGAGGUAG